AUGCCGGUCCAGAUCAGCCAACCAAGAGUCUGGCUAACUCUGCUUAUUUCGUUUUCUCCCAAACACUCUGCGACAGAGUCCCGCCCAUUCUGUAGUCAACCUUGUGGCACCGCAUCGUGGGGCGUCGAGGCUGACGACGACCGAGGGCGCCGACAACAAAAGCAUCGUCGACCUGGCGACAACGGCCAAUCCGAUGGAGGCGAUGAGUCUGGGGUUACAUUCUUCUCCCGUUCUGCCGCCUCGAGGGCACUCGGGCUCUAA